UUCACUUUGACUUUCAUUCGGAACAUUUGCAUGAUGGCGGAAAAAGUUGCACCGUUUCAUUUUGAUCCAGAAAAGAACUAUGACGAAGAAACCCUGGCACAGCAGUCUGAAAUUGAACAGGAGAUUGCAAGGACCCAAGCAUUGAUCAGUGACAGAAUAAGUUUUGAUAGAUUCAGUGCUGAUUACUCAGAGGAAGAUCAAAUCUACCUUCACAAAAUACAGGAUUUGAAAAAUCGUUUUUCAUGUGUGCGCAAAGUCAGAGGAGAUGGCAACUGUUUCUACAGAGCAUUUGGUUUCAGAUACUUUGAAACAUUAAUAGAUGACAAAUCAGAUUUUAACAGAUUUAAAGACAUAGCUCAAAAGACUCGAGAUGACUUAGUCCAGCUUGGUUUUCCAGAAUUUACUAUCGACGACUUUCACGAAAAUUUUAUGGAUGUAGUGAACAAAUUGGAGACUUGCACAGGAGAAGAACUACUACAAACCUUUAAUGACCAAGGACUCUCAGAUUAUUUAGUGGUUUAUCUCAGAUUAAUUGUUUCUGGACAUCUGCAGAAGGAGGCAGAUUUCUUCACUAAUUUUGUUGAAGGAGAACGAGGAAUUAAAGAGUUUUGCAAUCAGGAAGUGGAGCCCAUGGGUAAAGAGUGUGACCACCUACAGAUUAUAGCCCUGACAUCGGCCCUGGGGGUGCCUGUGAGGGUGGAGUAUAUGGAUCGCGGGGAGGGGGAUCAAUGUAACCACCAUGAUUUCCCCGAGAAUUCCAAACCAGUACUCGCCCUCCUCUACAGACCCGGACACUACGACAUUCUCUACACUUAAUAGUGAAGUCUGUAACAAACCACAAGGCACCACUUAUCAUUAAAAUACACUUAGGAUUUUAUGAUAAUUGUUUUCCAGCAGAACUUUGUGUUUUUCAUUUCUUUGAAUAAAAGACAUGUUUUUCAUCUUGUAUAUAAAGGAAGAAAAUUUGUGUAAUGAUUGAUCAUUGUUUGUUUGCUUUUGUAUGAUGACGAAUAAAUAUGGGGAAACUUUUUCA